AUGCAGUGGUACGUCGUCGCUUCGCUUCUCACCAUUCUUACGAGCUCUCAGGGAAUAUUGACAACAUUAUCACAGAGUAAUGGGGGAUACAAAUAUGACUAUGCCACUGUGCCUUUUCUUGCUGAAGUUUAUAAGCUUAUUGUAUCUGCUGUUCUUUUGUGGAGAGAGUGCAAGAGAUCACCUCCUCCUAAAAUGACCACAGAAUGGAAGAGUGUUCGUUUAUACCCAAUCCCAUCAAUCAUAUAUCUCAUUCACAACAAUGUUCAGUUUGCUACAUUGACAUAUGUGGAUACAUCUACAUAUCAGAUUAUGGGAAACUUGAAGAUUGUUACAACUGGAAUAUUAUUUAGACUAUUUUUGAAGAGGAAGCUCUCUAAUUUACAGUGGAUGGCAAUUGUUCUAUUGGCUGUUGGAACAACCACGAGCCAGGUGAAAGGCUGUGGAGAAUCUUCCUGUGACUCGCUCUUUUCAUCACCAAUUCAGGGAUACUUGUUGGGCAUAUUGUCUGCAUGUCUUUCCGCCCUAGCUGGUGUUUAUACAGAAUUCUUGAUGAAGAAGAACAAUGAUAGCUUGUACUGGCAGAAUGUUCAAUUAUAUACAUUUGGUGCUAUAUUCAACCUGGCACGGCUUGUCUUGGAUGAUUUUAGAAGUGGGUUUGAGAAAGGAGCAUGGUGGCAACGCCUUUUCAAUGGAUACAGUAUCACUACUUGGAUGGUUGUGUUAAAUCUGGGGUCAACAGGGCUUUUAGUAUCAUGGUUAAUGAAAUAUGCAGACAAUAUUGUAAAGGUAUAUUCCACAUCCAUGGCAAUGUUACUGACAAUGUUAUUAUCUGUGUUCCUUUUCAAUUUCAAGCCAACAGUGCAGCUCUUUUUGGGAAUUAUUGUCUGCAUGAUGUCACUACAUAUGUAUUUUGCCCCUCCAAGCACGCUUGUGGAUUUGCCGUUAACAGUAAAAUCAGCUCCGGAAAGUGCAGUCAAGGUUUCUGUUGAUCAAAGAACAGAUUCUCGAGCAUCUUCAUGA